UGCUGGGUGCCUUCAGCCCCUGAAAUAUGGAGCAUCAACAAAGCCAGGCUCCCAGACAGCUCAGCAUGCCCUGAGCAGAGUGACCCACUGACCAGGGCAGGGAGAGAGCACAACAAAAGCAGCAGAAAACCUGAAAUUCAGUUUGUGUAGCAGAGCUGCAGCCCUGCCAUGUGCUGUGUGUGAGCUCAGAUGGAGGCUGCUCACCUCAGAGUCCUUCCAUGCUGUGGCCCUCCAAGGGUGGCAAGAAAUGAGCUGGGCUUGGCAGUUCUGGAUCAGAGUGCAAAGAAAUUGUUGUAUUUUCAUUGUUUGCAGAUGGGCCAUGCCUGGAAGUCUGAGUUGGAAUCUCCCAUCAAGUCAGAGAGCAGUGAUUUCCAGUCCCCUCCUGACUGCGAUUCAAGCUUGGAUCUGGAUGUGAUGAGCUGGAGAAAUACUGAAGAGGAGGCCAUGGGGAGGCUGGAGGGGAGCAGCCAAGAGGCAGACCCUGAGAUGGAGCUGAGUGAGCCCCUCUGGAAGGAUGACAGUGAAGAUAACCACGAGGCAGAGGAGCCAUGUGAAAACAACAGUCUUCUCCAGUUCCUCUUGGAGGUAACCCAGAUGUUGGAAUCUUGCUGCAUUGGCAGCACAGAGUCACCAGAGACUCCGUGGGAUUACUGUGGCUCUGGGGGGAAGGAGAGUGAUGGGGAGGAAGAGAGGGGCCAGGAACAGAGCACCGGAACAGCAGGCUCAGGAGCAGAGGAAAGUCAGCUGGACAUCCUGGCAAAAGAUGAGGAAGAACUCUUCCUGGAAAGAGAGGGAGAGACUGAAGACUCGUCUGGAGAGCCCCCUUCAGAUGAGCUGCAUUCACCUGAGAUGAGUGCUCAGGCCCUGGAUCAGGAUGGCAGUGACAGCAGCUCUGCAGCCUCAGUGCUGGACUCCACAGGCUCUCCCAACGUGCACCUGCUGCAGCCAAGCUGGAAUAACCCCCCCCAGCACCUGAUCCUCAAAAAAAAGCUCCUGUCCAUCUGGAGGAUGAUAGCCAGCCACAGGUUCAGCAGCCCGUUCCUGAAGCCAGUGUCAGAGAAACAAGCCCCUGGAUACAGGGAUGUGGUAAAGAGGCCCAUGGAUUUAAGCAGCAUAAAGAGGAGGCUCUCAAAGGGACACAUUCAGUCCGUGAUGCAGUUCCAGUGUGACCUGAUGCUCAUGUUCCAGAACGCUGUGAUGUACAACAGCUCCGACCACCACGUGUUCCACGUGGCUGUGGAGAUGCAGCGAGAGGUCUUGGAGCAACUGCAGGUCUUGGCUGAAGCCCUCCUGUUGUCCAGGGACAGGCUGGAGUGAGGCAGAAGGUAACCAGCCCUGCCUGAAGCCUCUCUAGUUGGAGCAGCGAUGUCUCCGUGGCUCAGUGCAUCUCCGGGGCUCAGGGGAUGUGCUGCCAUGGCCUCGGGUAGUUCUCGUUAUCUCCAGUGCUGGCUGCUGGGGUUGAUGGGUUGAUUCAGAGCAGUUUUUGGGAGGGUACCCUGUUGGAAGCCUCCAUUCUUUUUGGGAAAAGCAGCAAUGUAGCCCUGCAGGGAGAAGAGUUCCCUGGGAUGAAAAGCAAGGGAGAGAAUCCUGCGUGUGGCCAGGUGGAUGAAGCGGGCACAGCCCGUGAGGGUGGCUGGCUGCACAUCGGGCACUGCAGCGUUCCCAGGUUCAGGUUGGUCUGAUGUUGUGUUGGGUCGGGUGGGUCCGGCGUUACCGGCACUGACCACACCCAAUAAAUGCCCGUGUUGAAGCUUG